AUGGCGGAAGUGCCCGAAACCAAUCCCCCACCGCCGGACCCUCCAAUCCCCUCCGCACCGGACGCCGCGGAGGAAACGGCUCCACCGGCUGCAGCAACUGCAUCGCAGCCGAGCACCGAUAUCGUCGCCCCUCCGGCGUUAGCUCCGAAGCGGCAACGCCGUCCGAGUGUCCGUCUUGGAGAGAUUGGAGACCAAAAACAAAAAAUGAUAUUAAAAGUUUCGUACCCGAGGUUAAGGAAAAACAAAAAACGGUUGAAUGUAGAUUGUCAUGCGUCACACAGAGAAGAGAAGGAGAAAUUAGCAUAUACUUUGCUUCUAAAUGGUGUAGCGUGGGUUGCAGAAAAUAUAGAGAAAGAAUUGAAGGGAAAGUGUGAUGGAGUAGAAUCUAACCGUGAGAGACACUUGCAUACAAACAGGAAGAAAGAGAGAGAGAAAGAGAAGCAUAGUAACACAGAAACAAGACUGCAACUGGAGGCAGAAGCAGUACUGAUGAGUGCACAAAACCAAGAGGGGAAGAGGUUUAUUGACCACACUUAUGACUGA